CUCGGCUCGGCCCGGCCCGGCCCGGUGCCAUGAGGGCCUCCCGCCGGGGUCACCCCUGCGCCGCCACCGGAGGCGGGGCCGGGCCGGGCCGGGCGGCCUCGGGGGGCGCCUGACGGCCGCAGCUGCUGGCGGGCACAGGCACCGGGCAGGAGGCUCCGACCACGUUUCAGUGUCUGCAGAGCGUGGCUUCAGCAUCCCUAGGCAGCGUUACUUCGCCUUGCUGCUGUUGGUGUCAGCUGCGCAUGGUCUUGUUUUCCUCAGCUGUGCCAGGAGGCUGGCGUUAAUGCCCCUGGGAAUUGUGGUGCUUGGGUUAAACAGAUCUCAUGCCAAGAAUGCCCUUAACAAAAAUCUUUUAAAAAUGAUGUCAAAAGCUGUGGAUGCUUUGAAAUCUGAUAAGAAAGUACGAACUGUUAUAUUCCGGAGUGAAGUCCCAGGGAUAUUCUGUGCUGGUGCUGACCUUAAAGAAAGAGCAAAAAUGCACUCAAGUGAAGUUGGUUCUUUUGUCUCAAAAGCAAGAGCAACUAUUAAUGAAAUGGCUAAUCUUCCUGUACCGACCAUUGCUGCAAUAGAUGGAACUGCAUUGGGUGGUGGCCUUGAACUUGCUUUAGCCUGUGACAUAAGAGUGGCAGCCUCUUCUGCUAAGAUGGGCCUAGUUGAAACAAAGUUGGCAAUCAUUCCAGGUGCAGGGGGGACACAGAGAUUACCCCGCACUAUUGGAGUAUCUUUGGCUAAAGAACUAAUCUUCUCUGCACGCAUUGUAGAUGGUGAGGAAGCAAAAUCAAUAGGAUUGAUUAGCCAUGUGGUAGAACAGAACGAAGCAGGGGAUGCCGCAUACAGAAGAGCACUAGCUCUGGCAAGAGAAUUUUUACCUCAGGGACCAGUAGCAAUGAGAGUUGCAAAGCUGGCCAUCAAUCAGGGAAUGGAGGUCGACUUAGUAACAGGCUUAGCAAUUGAAGAAGCUUGUUACGCUCAGACUAUUCCAACCAAGGAUAGAAUUGAAGGUCUUCUUGCAUUUAAAGAGAAAAGACCUCCUCGCUACAAGGGAGAAUAAAAGAAGCUGAUGCCUUUAAACUACAAUGGGGUAUAUGUACAGAUAUGAGGACCAUUAAGGUGCACUUUGCAUCUGAGCCUAGAAUAUCACAACCACCAAAGUAAAAGCAAAUCAUACUGAUGUUACUACAUUUUCAAUGUGUCCAUACUUGUACUGGGCCCAGAUAGAAAUGUGUGUCCAUUCAUGCUCAUUACAGUUUCUGAAGGCCGAUCUGUGUACUGGCAAGGUCACAAUUUCAUGCAGCAUUUUUAAAAUUUCAUAUGUAUGAAAUUUACCAUUCCACAAUUAAAAAGCUCUAUAAAUUCUUUAUAUAGUCAAAAUCUAUGUGUGAUGUUAAGUAUAAAUUUGCUGUAUCAUUUUAUCAAAAUAAAAGUGACUUCUGAACACCAAAAAAAAAAGAAAUUGCACCAAAUAUGCAUUUAAAUGAUUCUGUAUACCAGUAAAAUUGCAUUUGAGAAUUCUACCUGCAUAUGUACAUUAUAAAUAAAGUUAAGGGAGAUGAAAAGGAUUGUUGUUUGGGAAAUAUUAAGCUUUAUUUGUCUGACUUACACUAUUCCAAGUAAAACGAAAGUAACUUUGAGAGUAAUACAUAAUGGUGUCCUUUUGAUGAAGUCAUUCUUAUUAUAUUCAUUUAAUUGUAUUAAAUGAAGACAUCUUAGAGGCCAGCCUUUAAUAAUGCAUUUUUGUGUGUUACACUUGGCUUUGUCUUGCAUUCUUCCAAAAUGCCAUCUGAUCAGUACUGUCCGCUGUUAUGGAAUUUGAUUUCACUUGCCCUGGUUAUUUUAAAUUUGUGAUGAUUGUAUUAAAAUAUUUUGCGCAGGGAUGUGUCUGAUAUGCUGUUAAAGAAACUAGAAUUCUCUUCAUCCCUAGAAUGUCCUUUUUGCAGGGUCUAAAUAAUGUAUAUUUAUAUGCAAUGGGGAUGAUAAUGAAAUGUUCUUUAUUCUGUGGUGGCCUCAGGGUUCUUUUCAUAUUUUGAAAGAGAAAUCCAGUAGGUUAUAAGGUGAGAAUGCUGUUGUGAUUCAUAUUGUAUAUUUGAUGUAGUUGUGGCAUAUACAACAAAUGCUUGAAAACAACCUCUUAGAAAUUAUUUUUGUUAACUUGACUGGAAAAUAAACAUGCCUUAGCAGUCAGAGGCUAUCUUUUACAUUAAAACAAAUUUCUUCGUAUUCGGUUACCAUUGGCUUAUGAAACUUGUGCAUGCUCUGCUGUUUCUGCAACAUUAACUAUGGUCAGUGUCCAUAUGUAUGAUGAUAAAGCAGCUAUUGAACAUGAAAUGACAGGAACUCAUUUAAAUUCAUAUUUAGACAUAUCAUUACAUGUAAAUUGAUUAUAACUGGUAGAGCACACACUUUGUUGACUGGUAAACUUGCUGAGUCGAUCAUUUCAUGCAUGAUAAUUUGCAAAUAAAGUACCGGUGCUUGUUUUGAUAGUCA